UUUUUUUUUCACACCACUAUGACAAAAGUACUUUUUCAAAUAAUAUUAUUCACACUUGUAGUUUUAUUAUUUCUUGUAUCAAGUAAUGAUGAAAUUAUAAUAAAUGUACAUCAAUCUAUUGAAAAAGCUGCUAAAUUGUGUAGAAGAGUUUUAUCAGAUUCUGGCCGAGGACAUUUGUUGACUUUAAUGGACAAAUCUAUAUCCGAGGAACUCGAUGGAUAUCCAUUUGGUAUUAUGGAAUACUAUAGUGAUAAAUGUACGCCUCAUGGUAACCUAUUACUUUAUCUGUCUGAUUUGCAGUUGAGUACAAGGAAUAUGCAUUAUCAAAUGAAUAAAGUAGCAUUUACUAUUACUGCCUUAAAAGAUUAUAAUGAACCUUAUCCAACAACACCUAUUCAACAGCCUAGAUUUACAUUAUUUGGAAAUAUAACUAGAGUUCCCAAGUCCAAGACUCAAUCGGCUAUGUCAUGUUUCGCAAGCACCCAUCCUGAAGCUAAAUUAUGGUAAGAAAUAAUACAAACAAGCACAAGUAGUAAUAUAUUAUGUAGGUGGGUUUGG